UUUGUGUAUAAACUUUUUUCUAACACAGCAUCAUCAAUCUCUUCCUCCUUCUCCUUCACCUUCAUUCCUAUCACCAACACUCUCUCUUUCUCUCUCAUUAGUCAAACAUAUUCCAAGAACCCAUCUUUGAAUCGCCCUUCUCUUCUCCAUCUUCAUCUUCACCAACCAUGGUGGUUCUCGCUAAACCAGCAAUUGAACAGUUAUCAGCCAUCAAAACCUGCAAGCUCACCACCACAUUUUUCUCUGGAAUUCCCAUCAUAGACCUAUCGAAACCCGACUCAAAGAACCUCCUCGUUAAGGCCUGCGAAGAGUUUGGAUUCUUCAAAGUGAUCAACCAUGGCGUCCCAACUGAAUGCAUCACCAAACUAGAAUCCGAAGCUGUCAGUUUCUUUUCCUUACCACUUUCCGAGAAAGAAAAAGCAGGGCCUCCCAAUCCAUUCGGGUAUGGAAACAAGAGCAUUGGAUCCAACGGCGAUGUGGGUUGGGUCGAAUAUCUCCUCCUCACAACCAACCCUGAAUUCAAUUACCAGGGAUUUGAAUCAAUCUACGGCAAAACCCCAGAAACCAUUCGUUGUGCUGUGGAUGAUUAUGUGUUGGCAGUGAAGAGAAUGGCCUGUGAAGUUCUCGAGUUAUUGGCUGAUGGGUUGAAGAUUCAGCAGAGGAAUGUGUUCAGUAAGCUGUUAAUGGAUGAACAGAGUGACUCUGUUUUUAGGCUGAAUCACUACCCUCCAUACCCAGAGCUGCAAGAAAUGAAUGGUAGUAAUUUUAUUGGAUUUGGAGAGCACACUGACCCUCAGAUCAUCUCUGUUCUGAGAUCCAACAACACAUCUGGACUUCAAAUCUCUUUGAAAGAUGGCAACUGGAUUUCUGUCCCUCCUGACCAGAAUUCCUUCUUCAUUAAUGUUGGUGAUUCUUUGCAGGUGAUGACCAAUGGGAGGUUUAAAAGUGUAAGGCAUAGAGUUAUAGCGAACAGUUUGAAAUCAAGGGUUUCAAUGAUAUAUUUUGGAGGACCACCAUUGAGUGAAAAGAUAGCCCCAUUGCCUUCACUCAUGGAAGGAGAAGACAGCUUGUACAAAGAGUUUACAUGGUUUGAAUACAAAAAAUCUGCAUACAAGUCUAGACUUGCUGAUAAUAGGUUGGGCCUGUUUGAGAAAAUUGCAGCCUCAUAAUCUUUCCCCCCUUGUCCCCACCUUAUUAAGGAAAUGGUUGGUUUUUUCAAGUCUCAAAAAAUUAGGGUUUUAGAAUAGUUUGAUCAAAUCUAAAAGCUCUGUACUCUCUCUCUCUCUCUCUCUCUCUGUUUCUCUUAUUUAUCUUCUUUUUUUUUUUCCUCUUUGUUUUCAUACUUGAUGUAACUACUCUUCUUGUUAAUAACAGAAGUUCGUUGAUCAUGUAACCA